AUGAAGACCCUAAAGCAAUUGGCAUUUGAAGCGGUUCCCAAUAAGGGAUUGAUGGCUGAAACGUUCCUUGUGCCCUGGCACCCGAUCACACAAGAAUUGCAGGAGCAGCAAUAUAUCGAGGACAGAAAUCGAUAUAGAGAACAACAUCGCGUAAACUUCAGGUAUGUAUAUGAAGAUUUGUGUUUUAUCGAAGCAUGGUUUUCAAACUCAAAAAUUUACCCUAGAAAUGUUGCAUUUUUAGACCAAUUGUGGAAUCACUGUUUUGGAUUAGAGACUGCACAUGGUUAAGUGUGAAGAGCAAAUGCUGUAUGAUUGAACUAUAAAAAACGUGUUUUUAAAAAACGCCCAUGUUUAUGUUUAUUUUAGAAAAUGUUUAAAACAACUGCAAGUUCGAAGAUGGGAUACCUUUUGCCGUAAAACGGGGUGGGUCGCAACUAAAUUCGCUCGCUAUGGAGAAGACCCAAGAUGCCCACAAUGUAAAAGAAUUAGGACAACGGGUUUAACGUUAGACGGAUUACGUUUGAAAAGGCAAAAACAAAAAGUUGACCAAAAUGAGGAGACACAUUUGAUGCGUCUUUUUUACUAUACACCUAUUCGUAGAGAAUUAUUCGAUUAGAUUGAUUUAUAAAAACUUGUUUUUAAACGCGCUUGCUGAUUGAUUAUGUUUUAGAAAUUGUUUGAAUCAACUGAAAGUAGGAAGAUGGAAUACCUAUUGCCAUAAAACCGAAUGGGUCGUCACUAAGUACGCUCGCUAUGGGGAAGACCCAAGAUGUCCACAAUGUAAAAGAAUUAAGACAACACGA